AAUAUAAAGAACAAAUUGUGUAAACAAUGUCACUCGUGCACAUACAUGUAAUUAUCUCACGCGUCGUGUCGUACACAUGAAACAACGUUUACUAAUUUUUUAUGCUCAGAGAUAUUAGCAGUUGUUAGUUUCUUUUUCACAUAAAAUACAUGGGCAACAAUGUUAUAGAAAAAGCAGAAUGAAUAUAAAGAAAAUAUUGUACAACUGUAGCAUACUUGUAUUAAAAUUAGUCAGAGUCUUCACGUUAUUAAGAUUAUACGUAAAUAAUUUAAUUAGAUUCAAAUACAAAAAUGAUGUAAAUAUAUUGUAUCACAGUGAAAAUUUCUUGGUUGUUUACAAACCUUAUGACAUGUACAUUAACAGUAAUAAUCCUGAGAAAAAGGAUACCUUACAAAUCGAACUUACAAAAAUUUUACCUAAUUUAGCCAACCCGAAUUUAUUUCAUGAAUUUCACUUUGUACAUAGAUUGGAUUAUGUGACAAGUGGUAUAAUAUGUCUUGCAUUAAAUAAGAAAGCAGCUCAAACUGCUUCUCAUGCAUUUGAGACAAGGACAGCCAAAAAAUUUUAUUUAGCAUUGCUUCAUGGACACAUUAAUGAACCUUAUCUUAUUAUUGAUAAAGCAAUUGGAGCUGAUGCCAGAGAAAAGGAGGGUAAUCAUAAAAUGUGCAUCAGUGACAGCAUGUUUUGUGAAAAACCUAGAAAAUCAUAUACAAUUCUUAUGGUAUUAGAAAGAGGUCUUAGAAAUGGAAAGCCAGCUACUAAAGUUCUAUUAUGUCCUGGUACAGGUAGAAGACACCAACUAAGAGUGCACUGUUCAUAUAUUGGUCAUACAGUGAUAGGAGAUUAUACAUAUAGCGAAAAGAAAGAUGUAGAACCUUAUAGGACAUUUUUACAUUCCUUCAGGUUGAUAUUGAAUAAUGACAUUGAAAAUUUAGAUGUACAGACUAAAGAUCCAUUUUUAGCAUCUGAUUCAAGAAAUCAAUGGUUGCCAACAAAUAUUGCCAGAGUGUUGGACGAAGAUGUAUUUUCUGACAUUUAUAAUCUUAUGAAUCAAGAUAAAUUUUAAGCUUUUUAGAUUUU